AUGGACCCCGCCGGCACCCCCGUGGCGCCGGCUCCUGCGAGUGCGACGGCUGACGACGAGCCCAAGCCCGACACCAAGGGCGGCGAGGCCAACGAGAAGGGCGCCGCUGCCAUCGAGACGGAUCUGGCCGUGGUGUUGAGGGACGGCUUGACCCUCCAUCCGCAGCCGACCUCAGACCCCCUGGACCCCCUGAAUUGGUCCAAGGCCAAGAAGAGCACCAUCCUGGCAAUCGUCAUGGCUCUUUACUUCUUGUUCACGUAUCUGACGACGACCACCGUUCCUUCCUUCGCUCUCGUCAUGGAGCAGUAUGGCAUAUCGCUCGAUCAGAUGAACUGGACCGUUGCCAUUCCGGCCUUGGGCCUCGCAGUCGGCCCGCUGAUCUGGUCGUCGCUGUCGGACAUCUACGGCCGGCGGACCAUCUUCAUUGUUGGCACCACCAUGGCCUUUGCAUCAACCAUUGGUGCCGCAAAGGCCCCCAAUUACGCUGGAUACAUGGCCGCACGCUUCUUCCAGGGGCUCGGCGUUGCCCCGGCCUCGACAGUCGGCCUGGCCAUCAUUAACGACAUGUUCUAUGAGUAUGAACGAGGCGAGAAGGUAGGCCUUUGGGUCCUGGCUCUCGACCAGGGUCUCCUCUUCGGCCCGCUCAUCGGCGGCUUCAUGAACAUGGUGGACCAGUACUGGGUCAACUGGCUCAACGCCAUCCUCUUCGCCAUCGUCCUCCUUGCCGAGAUUUUUUUCCUGCCCGAGACUCUAUACCCGAGGAACCAGAUGUUGGCUAAGAUGCCGUAUUGCGAAAGCGACUCGGCAGUGGUGGACCUGGAGAAGACUGAGCGCAGGCCGAGCAUUGCCCAGGACGUUGCCUUGAAGCGCACGCUGCAGCUGCCCUUCCUGAACCUGAAGCCGAUCCCCGGCAUGCGUCAUCCCAAGGCAUGGGACUCGCUCGUCCGCUUCGUCCGUACCUGGAAGUAUGCCGCCGUCUCGGGCACCAUUUGCAUCUACUCGUUCGGUUGGUACUGGUGGAUCUUGUCCGUCAUCACCUACAUCCCGACUGCGUACGCCCAAUACCAGCCGCAGAUCCAGGGACUUCUAUUCAUUGGCCUGAUCCUCGGCACGCUGUUUGCUGAGGUUUUCUGUUCGGGUCGCCUUUCUGACUGGCUUGUGAAGAAGUUGGCCAAGAAGAAUGACGGCGUCAAGGUGGCGGAGAUGAGACUCUGGCUUGCGUAUCCGGCGAGCCUCGUCACUGCGCUCGGGCUGAUCAUCUGGGGCAUUUCCAUCGACAAGCAGUACCACUGGAUCGUCGGCCAGAUUGCUUUUUUCCUCUUUGCGGCCGGGAUCCAGAUGGCAAACACAGUCAUGGCGGCGUACGUCGUGGACUGCUACCCGCUCCAGUCGAUGAGCGUCAUCACCUUCUACGCCGUGGUCCUGAACUUCAGCGCUUUCGUAAACCCUUUCUUCAUCGUCCCGUGGGUGGAGACAUGCGGGUACACCUGGACAUUUGCGGCGCAGGGCAUCAUCACCUUCUUCUUUUGCGUGCCGGCACUAGGUCUCAUGCACUACUUUGGACCUGCGAUCAGGGCGAAGACUGGACAACCCGGCUGGGUCAAUCCUGAGUAUGACUCCUUCAUCUAG